AUGACGCUCCGUCUGCUGGCGUCAAGCUUACUAGGCUUGAGCGCAACGCUCGCCAGCGCAAGCCCAGAGGACGAACAGAGACCCCUCGCCGAUUACCACCGCGUAUGUCCUGACUACACAAAAUACGCUGGAUACCCCCAUCGACCCUUCAGUACCGGUCCUAAAGAGCUUCCCUACCAACGCCCAAGUAAACAAUGCCGGACAUUUCAGUCAGAUGCGAUCGAGAAGGUUAUUGAAGAUGUGACGUCUCGCAUGAAAGACCCUGACCUGGCGCGAUUGUUUGAGAAUGCAUUCCCUUCAACAACGGAUACAACCGUCAAAUUUCAUACCAAGGGAAAGGCAGAUACUGGAUUCUUUCGCAUGGGUAGCUUUGGAGGCUUCCACGACGAAGGAGCAUGGGAAGGACCACAGUCGUUUAUCAUCACUGGUGACAUUAUCGCCGAAUGGUUGCGCGAUUCGACAAAUCAACUGCGGCCCUACCAGCCCCUUGCUAAGAAGGAUCCUGCAAUUCAGACGUUGUUGCUCGGUGCCAUUAACACCCAGGCUGAGUACGUGAUUGAAUCCCCAUACUGCAACGCCUUCCAGCCACCACCUAUUAGCGAUCUUCCCAUCUCGUCUAACGGGCAAGAUGACAACGUUCACCCAGCGUACGAGCCGCAGGCUGUUUUCGAGUGCAAAUACGAGCUUGACUCUUUGGCUCAUUUUCUCGCUCUUGGUAACGAUUUCUACGACCACACAGGAUCGACAGAGUUCUUGAAUAGGAGAUGGUUGCGAGCCGUCGAGACUGUUUUGAACGUUCUCACUGAGCAGUCCAAGUCGACUUUCGACCCUAAAACAGGCGAGUUUCAGCGCAAUGAAUACACUUUCUCGCGUCGCACCGACACUGGAACAGAAACACUCAACUUGAGAGGCGUUGGUAACCCUUUGAACUGGGGCACAGGUUUGGUUCGCUCGGCGUUCCGACCUAGCGAUGAUGCAACAAUUCUGGGUUUCUUUAUUCCUGCCAAUGCACAAAUGUCUGUCGAAUUGAAACGAGCAUCCAAAAUUCUUGCGACAGCUGGUAAAACAACCCUUUCUCAAAAGUUGGAGACAUGGAGCACAAAACUCCGUGACGGUGUCAUGGAACAUGGUGUAGUUAAGCACAAAAAGUAUGGAGAUGUCUUCGCAUACGAAGUUGACGGCUACGGUUCGUCGAUCUUGAUGGACGAUGCAAACUAUCCUUCGCUGCUGGCGCUCCCUUUGAUGGGAUUCUGCGAGACCAGCGAUCCCAUUUACCAAAACACCAGGAAGAUGCUGUUAGAGAAGGGUGGGAACCCUUACUAUCUCGAAGGAAAGGCCUUCAAAGGCAUUGGAGGGCCUCAUAUUGGGCUUCGCAACGCUUGGCCAAUGAGUCUUCUUGUUCAAGCACGAACUUCAAACGACGAUGAAGAGAUUAAAGAAUGCAUUGACUUUGUCCUGAACUCUGCCAAGAUGGGAUUGGUCCAUGAGAGUAUUGAUGUUGAGCACAUUACACAGUAUACGAGAAGCUGGUUUGCGUGGGCUAAUGGCGUCUUUGCCUCGACAAUUCUUGAUCUGGCAAAAAGAAAACCGCAUUUGAUAUUCGGUGACGGUGCCACGGCGUAUGAGAUUUGA